GUCUCCAAGCAAGGUAUCCGUGAACACAUUUGGGACUAUAUGGAAUCACCUGAUUUAGCUGACUUCCCCCGACCUGUGCAUCAGAGGAUUCCGAACUUUAAGGGGUCUUACCUGGCUUAAAGCAUCAAAGACCUGGACGUCUUUGCUGGGACACGGGAAGUGAAAGUGGACCCUGAUAAGCCCCUGAAGGCUGUGAAAUUGAUUGUCUUUUCCCGCAAAGAGCAAAAGACACUGCUGGUCCCAACUCCACGACUGAGGACAGGGCUGUUUAAUAAGAUCACACCACCUCCUGGAGCCACUAAAGACAUACUGAGGAAAUGUGCCACCUCCCAGGGCGUGCGGAACUUCAGUGUCCCUGUGGGCUUGGACUCCAGUGUCCUCGUGGAUUUAAUUGUGGUGGGAUCUGUUGCUGUGUCUGAGAAAGGCUGGAGAAUUGGGAAGGGAGAAGGCUAUGCCGAUCUUGAGUACGCCAUGAUGGUGUCGAUGGGAGCUGUCCACAAGGGGACUCCAGUCGUCACCAUUGUCCAUGACUGCCAGGUCGUUGACAUUCCUGAGGCUCUUCUAGAAGACCACGAUCUCACCGUUGACUACAUCAUCACUCCGACCAGGGUCAUUGCUACAGGCUGCACGCCCAAGCCAACAGGGAUCAUCUGGUCCAAGGUCAGCUGUGAGAUGCUUACGAAAAUCCCAGUGCUCAGGAUCCUCCGUGAGCGAGAGAAGCGGGCCGGAAAGGAUGUCACUCUUCAAGCUGAGCCUGGAAGCCAGCACCCAGCUCCAAGCACCAUGAGGAGACCCCGAGAUGUACCGCAGUCAAAAGCAGCUUCCCUAGGAGGGUCCCGAAGCCCCUUGCAUGAGGUGGACACCCAACCAGCUGCCACUGUGUACGUGGGAAACCUGCCCUCCAAUGCUCGCGUGCGUGAACUGAAGAGUGCCCUCCAGGAGCUGGGGGCAGUGCCCCUGAGGCUUACCUGGCAGGGGCCACAGCACAGGGCCAUUCUACACUAUGCUGACUCAGCUGCUGCCCAGCAGGCCGCCUCCCGCCUCCAGGGCCUACAUCUAGGUGCCAACACCUUGAGGGUGGCACUGGGGCAGCAGAGGGAUACAUGACCUGGUGAGCAGCCCCCAAGGGAAGAGCUAUGCCAUCUCUUGUUGGAAUGUCUCUGACGUUUGAUAGUUUGCUAUUGAUGGGGGCCUACGGGCAGCAGAGGGAUACAUGACCUGGUGAGCAGCCCCCAAGGGAAGAGCUAUGCCAUCUCUUGUUGGAAUGUCUCUGACGUGUGAUAGUUUGCUAUUGAUGGGGGCCUGCUGCUGUGUGAGGCAUAGGCUCUGUUCCUCCUGGGAAGAGGCCACACUUUCCUAAUGCAUAGGGAUGUUUGGUGAGCAGCAUAUCACUACUCUCAGAAUACCACAAACUCUGACUCAUUCUGACCCAUUCUAGUUCUGGUUCUGGUUAUGAGGUCUGUGUGAUAUGCCCUCUGGGUGCAGAAGGUAGAGAAUGGAGACCUGAUUUAGGAUAGGAGAGAAAGUGAACACAGACCCACAGAGAAGAGGCCGGGCAGGGAUCGAGGGCAGGCAGCAGAGCCGCAGUCCAGCAGAACAGGGGUGGGUAAGGGGCUCUGCACCCGGAGAAUGGGAAGUCCACUUGUGCACGUAUGUGAUAAUGUCUACCCAGGCGGCACAGCUUUAACUCCACAGGCUCAGGACCUUGCUUGUCCCUCGGUGGGAAUGGCGGGGGUGGGAGGGGUGUGUGUGUGUGUGGCAUUUGCCUGUGCUUUCCAAGGCGCAGAAAAUAAGCAUUUAUCAUGUG